UGUCACUGUCUGUCGUUGACUGUAAAAUCUUUUAAUUCUGCUGACGUUGAAGUGCGAUAAUAUAUGUACCUACCAGUUUCUUUUACGAGUUAAUUUUCAGAACAUGACUGGUGCAACGUUCAAUUUACGGCAAGUGUACGCUUUCGCUCGGGAGUAUCACCGAAAAAGCGAUAACCAAAAGAAUAUUCAGUAUGGCACAGCAGGAUUUCGAACGCAUGCUGACCACUUGGAUUAUGUUAUGUAUCGAAUGGGCUUGUUGGCGGUCAUUCGAUCGCGUGCUAAAGCAGGUCAGGUAAUUGGUGUUAUGAUAACCGCGUCUCAUAAUCCCGAACAAGACAACGGUGUGAAAUUGAUAGAUCCAAUGGGAGAAAUGUUGGAGCAACGAUGGGAAGCUAUAGCCACCGCACUGGUCAACGUCAGCGAUGCGGAUUUGGAAAACCAGGUCGCGAAAAUUUGUUUGGACGAAGGUGUUGAUAAUAAUGAUCCUGCCAAGGUGUACGUCGGAAUGGAUACUCGUUAUCAUAGCCCACAGCUAGCAAAAGCGGUGUUAAAUGGUAUUGCUGCUAUGAAAGGUAAUGUGAGGGAUUUCGGUAUCGUAACGACGCCUAUGUUACACUACUUCGUCACGUGCUCCAAUACGAAUAUGGCAUACGGGUUACCUACGGAAGAAGGCUACAUGAUGAAGCUUUUGAAGGCUUUCAAAAAUAUUAGAGGAACCGCGUUUGAAAAAGACAAUUAUACUAAUAAAGUUUGUUAUGAUGGAGCAAAUGGAGUCGGGUCAUUAAAGAUGCUUGGUUUCAUCAAGAAAUUCAACGGAUAUUUGGAUGUAAAAGUUUUCAAUAGUAACGGAAAAAUUAAUUUCAAUUGUGGAGCGGACUUUGUGAAGACUAAUCAGAGAGCACCAGAAGGUUUGCCUGAUACACUAGAACCAAACGCACGUUGUGUUUCCGUUGACGGAGAUGCAGACCGCAUUGUGUAUUACUUUACGAACGAAACCGGUGUGUUCCAUCUGCUUGAUGGUGAUCGAAUCGCUACGUUGAUUGCUGGAUAUCUGAAAACCUUGGUAGAAAGAUGCGGAAUACAACUGGAAAUGGGAUUGGUUCAAACUGCAUAUGCAAAUGGAGCAUCUACGGAUUACAUUGUCAAUCAGCUGAAAGUGCCAGUCGCUUGCGUUCCCACUGGAGUGAAACAUUUGCACCAUAAAGCGUUAGACUACGAUAUUGGCGUUUAUUUCGAAGCUAACGGACACGGUACUAUUAUUUAUAGUUCUAGUGCUAAGAGCAAAAUCACUGCCGCUAGUCGAGAUGAAUCAUUAACCACCGAUCAACGUGAAGCGGCUAGUUUGCUUCUCCAAACCAUUGAUCUUACCAAUGAAACAGUUGGUGACGCCAUUUCCGAUAUGCUGCUUGUAGAAACGGUGCUUCACUAUAAAGGAUGGAAUUUGCAGGAUUGGUUGAAAACCUAUACGGAUUUACCCAAUGUGUUGACGAAAAUCAAAGUAAACGAUCGCAAUGUAAUUACUACUGCUGAUGCGGAAAGGGUGUGUGUUACUCCCGAAGGAUUACAGCGAGCCAUCGAUGAAAUUGUGAGUAGAUAUGAACACGGCAGAUCAUUUGUGCGUCCUUCCGGUACAGAGGAUGUUGUUCGAGUGUACGCCGAGGCAAGUACUAAGGAAGAUACUUUGAAGUUGGCCGCCGAGGUUUCAAAUUUAGUGUACGACAAGGCUGGCGGCACUGGACCGCGUCCAGAACAGCCGAAGAUUUGAAGGAACUAUAUGAUCAUUGUGAACUGGCGUGUGCUAACAAUAACUGCCAUGACUUCAAACAGGAUGUAUAUGUUUAUCAACGACCAGAUAUGGGUUUUAUUCCAUCAUUGAGAUUAUGUACAUGCUCAACGUGAUAGUUUUAUUAUUGACCUUCGAAUCAUUGUUGAAUGUAUUUUAUGCAGGGGGCUCUUGUGGCUGUCAAAAUCCAUACAUUUUCCAUCUACCACUCAUUGAUUCUGGUACCAGCGUUUCUGGUACCCACUUUUUGGUUGGUUUGCCCUAAAACAAGUGAAAUAGAGUAAACGUCCCUCUUUUUUCGGUAGACUUAUUCUCGAGUAAAUGUCGUUUUAGAUGGAAAAAAACAAGAGCUCAACAUUUGUUUUCAGUACAAUGUGCACUUUCAAUGAAUAAGAUAAGUUUUGUAAGUAUUUGAAAUGAAAUAUCACCGCCGUGAUGAAUAUAUGAUUGGUAGGCAAAAUGUUGACGUUUAUAGGCCCCUGAUAUUAUGUAUAUUUUUAUUCGUGUAUUUUAUUUACCUUUAGACGCAUGCGAAAAAAUAAAUUUUGAAUCGACUAUAA